UUUAAAGCUACUACUUUAGCACAUGUAAAAUUAGUAAGUGCAAGUGCGACUAGUACGCAGCACUGUGCAUUAGUUUUUCACGUAGCAUUGGAGCCAUUGAGCUAUAUUAUUUUGUAAUCAAGCCGGUUUAAAUUACAAAACUGUAGCUGCUGGAUACUUUAUCUUAAGGAUCAUUAUAUUCGCUUUGAGAACCUCUCGCCUUAUAAUCUACGUUCUCAGGUCACCUGAAAAGGUUAAGUUUAAUUAAUAGUAAUAUAACCUGUACGUACGGUGUCACGCUCGUGGUUAGAUAUUGAACCGCUGAAACUAUUGUGGAAUUUUAUUAAACAAAUCGGCAAGAUAAUUUGAAAACCAAAAAGAGAAGAAAGGAUCGAAGAAAGGAUGUCCAAAUAGCCAGAGUACGCUGAGUAGCCUGAGGGCACACUAAAUACCUCUUUAAAGAAAGUCGCGCUCGUGGAUUUGAAUAAUAUUGAAUUAUUUAUGUAAGUUUGAUGGCUUUUUCACAACCGAACUCCAGAGAAUUGCAGAAUAGAAAGAUCUUGGAGGAGCUGCAGCUGAAGAAGCAAAUGCUGCUGAAGCAAGGAGUCGCACCGAGCUUAGGGGUUACAUCGUUAGGAGUCUCAUCAACUGGCUCUGCGUCAAAUGUAGUCGGUACACAAUCUAAUGAUGGCGUAGCGAUGAGUGCAUCUCAGAGAGCAGCAUUGCAUAAUGCACAUGCUGCUUCAUUUGGUUAUUUUGUUACUCAGGACUCUUCUUUUGGAAAUCUGAUUUUACCAGUUCUCCCUAGAUUUGACAACAAAUGAAUCAUUUGUUCUGAACGUAUAGAUGUAUAUAAGUGAUUCAUUGUUGCUAAAGACUAUAUAUCAAUAAUGGAAAUCUUAUUUGUUAAGGAA